GGAGCAGCCUAAUUGCGCCUCCUGCAUCAGCAGCAUCUAUAAAGCAUCCUGGGAAUUGCUUGCCCGGUGCUUAGAGCAGCCGGUCACAUGAGCCUGGAUUUUCAGUUCAGUUCAUUAGUCAGCCAUUUUGGUCAACACCCUGCUUACUGCGCACAACCAAUCCUGUUAGAACUCAGCAUCCUGGCUCAUCUGAGCAGAUCCUCUAGGAUUGCUGCCGGACAAAAUUUUUAAGAUAAAUUGAAAAUAUAGCUUCAUUUUUUUUAUUUAUAUUUUUUCUUUUGUAUUUUUUUCUGCACAAAGGUGGAUUUUUUUUUUCACUUAUUCAUGCUGAGACCAAUUUUUGAAAGCCAGCUAAGGCAGCAUUGGGUGUGUAGGAUUUAAUUAAGCCUAUAGAUAGCCCGGCUGGAAUAAAGGAAAAGGAAGAUAAAAGGAGAGCCCGCCCGCUGGUAGGGACAGCACCGUCCAGUCGUGCUAACCUUUAGGAACUGCCGUUAAGAAAAGAGAGUAUAAAAUUGUUUGUUUUGAGCAGUUUUUCUACAAGCUGACUCAUCAUGUCUGCCCUGACGCCUCCGACUGAUAUGCCAACCCCCACCACUGACAAGAUCACACAGGCUGCCAUGGAGACCAUCUACCUUUGCAAAUUCCGAGUGUCUAUGGAUGGAGAAUGGCUCUGCCUUCGAGAGCUGGAUGACAUCUCCCUUACACCUGACCCAGAGCCUACCCACGAAGACUCUUGGGAGGAUUUGACAGAUUUGGUGGAGCAAGUGCGUGCUGACCCAGAAGACCCUAACUAUCUCAUGGCUAACGAACGCAUGAACCUGAUGAACAUGGCAAAGCUGAGCAUCAAGGGCUUGAUUGAAUCGGCUCUGAACCUGGGGCGGACCCUGGACUCUGACUACGCACCUCUCCAGCAAUUCUUCGUGGUGAUGGAACACUGCCUGAAACACGGCUUGAAAGCCAAGAAAACUUUUCUUGGACAAAAUAAAUCCUUCUGGGGGCCUCUAGAGCUGGUCGAAAAGCUUGUUCCAGAAGCUGCAGAGAUAACAGCGAGUGUAAAAGAUCUCCCAGGACUCAAGACACCAGUUGGCAGAGGAAGAGCCUGGCUUCGGUUGGCGUUGAUGCAAAAGAAGCUUUCUGAAUAUAUGAAAGCCUUGAUCAAUAAAAAGGAACUUCUCAGUGAGUUUUAUGAAGCCAAUGCCCUCAUGAUGGAAGAAGAAGGAGCUAUUAUUGCUGGCCUCCUGGUGGGUCUGAAUGUCAUCGAUGCCAAUUUCUGCAUGAAAGGAGAAGACCUGGACUCUCAGGUUGGAGUUAUAGAUUUUUCAAUGUAUCUCAAAGAUGGAAACAGCAGUAAAGGUAGUGAAGGGGAUGGACAGAUUACUGCGAUUCUAGACCAGAAGAACUAUGUAGAAGAACUCAACAGACAUCUGAAUGCAACUGUAAACAAUCUCCAGGCAAAAGUAGAUGCGUUAGAAAAAUCCAACACUAAAUUGACAGAGGAACUUGCCGUUGCCAACAACAGAAUCAUUACCUUACAAGAAGAAAUGGAACGAGUUAAAGAAGAAAGCUCCUAUCUGCUGGAAUCCAAUCGAAAGGGUACUAAGCAAGACAGAAGUGCAGAAGGGCAAGCGCUGAGUGAAGCCAGAAAGCAUCUAAAAGAGGAGACACAGUUACGAUUGGAUGUUGAAAAGGAGCUGGAGCUGCAGAUCAGCAUGAGGCAGGAGAUGGAACUGGCUAUGAAGAUGCUGGAGAAGGAUGUCUGUGAGAAGCAGGAUGCACUGGUGUCUCUGCGGCAGCAGCUGGAUGAUCUCCGGGCUCUCAAGCACGAGCUUGCCUUUAAGCUGCAGAGUUCAGAUCUAGGAGUGAAACAAAAAAGUGAAUUAAACAGUCGCUUGGAAGAAAAGACCAAUCAGAUGGCUGCCACCAUUAAGCAGCUGGAGCAAAGUGAAAAAGAUUUGGUGAAACAGGCAAAGACCUUAAAUAGUGCAGCAAAUAAACUGAUCCCAAAGCACCAUUAAACGCUUGCAGUCGGUCGCCUCGCGAGUCUGGUGUAGCCGGUCACCUCACAAGUCUGGUGUCACAGAUUGACUAUAGAAGGAAGCAAUCUGAAAGUCCUGCAUCUAAGCUCCGAUUCUAUAUAAAAUAUCACCAAAAGUUGACCUGAGUUUGUUGGACUUAAGAACACUAGGUGGAUAUAUAGGUUGGCUUUCCUUGUUGUGGUUGCUGCUGUUAUUUCCCUCCCGCCCCCAGAGUUAGAAAUUUUGGUAUGGAUUCCUCAUUAAAUACCAAAUAAACUUUGAGAAAUAUUUCUGAGUUGAACAGUAAAUCAAAAGACCAUUUUUAGGAAGCCUGGGGAAUGGAAGCACUGUAUUUGUGUGCUUGCUAGUGAUCCUAGGUGUGCCUCCGUCCUCACAGUGAGCCUGUUCUCUGCAGUGUAAUGGCGCUCCAGAACUCCUCUAAAGUAGCUCUAUCUCUUAGUCCAUGAUCCCUCUUCUCUUGCCUUCUAUAGGUUUAAUCAAUCCCCAGCCCAAGAUAAGUAUUUAGUAUUUCAUUACAGUUCUGUUCUCAGUAACCAAGAUUGCUUGCAAUUUAUUUCUGUCUUAGUGAUGUUGGACAAGAAGAAAAUCAGCACCCUUAACAUUUCUUUAGAACUUAGAAACAAAGUAGUGAUUAGGUAGCUCUUAACAUCACAGCGUGGAAGCUGGAGAAACCCCCCUUAACACCACCAUCUUCUACCUCUGCCCUUCUCUGACAUCCGAUUUACUACUUAGGGACAAUGCUCACAUCUGCCCUGCAGUCCUGCUGGAAUCCAAGAGGCCACAGUGUAGUCCUUCCUGGUGUCCUUACCUGGAGCACUUGCCCAAGAGCUUCGAUCACUUUUUCUGUAAUGAGAGUUUGCUAAAUGUUCUGGGAAACUGAUCUAGUUACUAAAAAAAAAAAAAAAAAUUCCAAAUGAGAAAUAAAUAAUAUACUAGCAUUAUUGCUUAAUUUCAAAAUAAAGAUCCUCAAUAGCCACAAGCAAUAUUAGCAGGGCCUUUUCUAAGUGACCACAGAUCUAACCCUUUCUAGGCUCUACAUUGUAAAUAAUUCUAUAAAUACUUUCAUUUUUAAAAGAAAACAAACAAACUAUUUUUGAUUUGGGGAGGCAGGCUUUUAUAUACAUGAGCCUUUACUCCAUCCAGCGAUAUUCGCACAAUGCCCAUGUAGCAUAGCCUGUGCUAAGAGAGAGGCAGAGAUAACCCCUUUGCUUCCAGCUCUUCAAAAUCUUUACCUUCUUGGCAAACCAGAAUUAAGAGUGCACCAGAGUUCAUGUGUUUCUAUAGGUCCUCAACAGGCCUGUGUUAGAGCCAACUACAUGGAGGAUCCUGUGGCCCUGAACUCAUUUUAAUUCUUACAAUUUUGCACCUGUAUAAAUAAAGCGCCUACUGCAUUCUGCCAUUCAUCAGCCUUUAAUGGUGAUGAGUUGCCUUUUACCUGAGCAUCUAAAAAGAAUAAUCAAAUCAAUAAAAGUUAGACUAAACGUAGCAUGCCUCUAAAUUCUAUUAUUAAAAGCCUCAAGUAUUUCACCUUCUAAAACAUGAUUCUUUAUAGGUGCAAAGUUAUAAGACAUUUAGAAGAAAGCAUCCAUGAGAAUAUUCCAGAGAACACGGUCAGGAGUCUUAGGAACCCCAAUGCUGAAUUGUCUGCUUGGUCACAUAACACCUGAUAGGAAUGGAAAGGAAAGAGACAGGCAGACGUUCCCAGAGCGUGUCCUUGUGGAAGGUGGAGCCUGGGUAAGGGUUGCUACAGAUUGUCCUCCUGCUUCCCGCAGCACAGGGAGGAUCAGGAAAUGGUGAUAAUCCCAUGUGAGAGGGAGCUGCUCCUGCAUGCUCCGGCUGGAUGUAGAAGACAGAAAGAUAAAGUACCAGAGUGUUAGGGAAGAAAGACAUUGGCUUCAACAUCAAUUACUCUGUACUUGAGGGUGGCUCUGGAUAUGGAUUUCCAAAAAGUGAUGUCUUGUUGUUGAUCAUCUAAUGGCUGUAAACUGUAGUACUAGAAUAAAAAAAAAAAUAGAAAACCA